CGCCUUUAUUUUUUCUACCAGUUCCAUACGUCUACGGAGAAAUCACGUGACCGUGCAUUUGUUGGAAGCACAAUAUUCCAAGGGGCAUUCCAGACCUAUACUCGCCAAAUUAACAGAGGAGCUCAUAAUACAGGAAGAGUCACAGUGGUUUCAGUUUUUGAUCUUUCUUCAAUAAGAAGUAAUAGCACGCAUUUGCAAACAGCAGUUCUGUGUAAUUGCUUUCGCAGCAUCAAAGCUUGAAUUUAACUCAAGUAUGUUGUUUUUUUUGUUUUGGAAUUCAGAACGUGAAAUAGAAAAAAGGUCUGAGAAAAUGGGGAAAAGGGCACAGGAAAAACCUGAUUUGUUCUAAAGCAAUGGUACAUUUAAUCCAAGUUGUAUGUUGUGUACAAUUGGCUUCAAUUGCUCUUUCUGCCCUUCCAGAUCCUGUCAAUGUGAUUAUUGACUCAAAUAACUUUGAUCAUAUCCUGAGAUGGGAACCAGGAGCUGGCACUCCCAUGGGGAUGAAUUACAGAGUUGAGUGGUGUUGCAGAAAGGGUAAUAAGUGGUCGCAGAUGAGAUGUCUGAACGUAAAAGAUGGAAGAGAGUGCAACUUAACAAAAAAGUUUAAGAAAAUCCACAAAGUAUAUAAGGCUCGGGUUCAAGCCAUUACUAAGACACAGCAAUCCAGCUGGACUGAGAGCAAAUGGUUCCAACCUGUUUCACAGACAAUCUUGGGCCCACCAGAAGUGUCUGUCCAUGGGUGUGGAGAUUGUCUUUUCCUGCAGUUGAGCCCUCUGAAAUCUCUGUUGGAAAUCUAUCACGAGUUUGAGUAUUUCAUUGUCAUGAAAAGGGCUGGACAGAGCAAGACUUCUUCAGACAUGACAACAAUAUUAAAUGAAUAUGAAAUCAACAAUUUGGAGCGUGCUACAAAUUACUGCGUCAGCGUGAGCAUGUCAGCCAAUACAAAUGGAAACUCAAAGGUUUCGCAGUGGCACUGUGCAUUCACAAGCCCUGAGGGCAAAAGCAAAGUCCCCUUUCUGCUGGUUGCUGUGUGUGUUCCCCUCGUGUUGAGUGCAGCAGUUAUGGCAGCCUUGGUCUACAGUGGUUACCUGUGCAAGCCGAAGACACAGCUCCCCAAAGUGCUGGCCUCUUUUACAUUACAUCACAGUUCCUGCAGUCUACAGCUAGAAGAAGAGAGGUGCCCUGUAGGACCUGUAUUCAUUGUCUACAAACAGGAACGCAAGCUGAAAAGCCAAAGUCGGACACUUCUGAACUCCAGUGAAAGCGAGGACACCGACAGUGGGGGUGAAGAUGGGUAUGAAGCACAAGCAAUGUGGCCUCCAGUCUACCUCUAUUCAUCUGCCCUGUUGGAGGAGCCUAAGCAAGCCUAUGAGCCAGAUGACCCGGCACAGAAGCAGUGUUUGCUUGUGUGUGAUGAGCUUCUAGUGGAGCGGUCACAAGACCAACCAGAUCUGGAGGAGAAAGAACCUUUAAUUGAGGGGAGAGACUCUGAACAGGAGGAAAGCCAUCAAGACAUACCUUUGUUUUCAGUACUGUUGGAGAGUCAUGAUGAUGAUGAUGAUGAUGAUGAAGUCUUGGAGAGCCCUCCAGUGGAGGUGGCUCUGGAUCAAGACGAUAGCAAAAUUCUGCAAGAGGAACAGCAAGAACCACCUCUGAUGGGGUCUGUAGAAUCUGUAAACUGUGUUCCAGACCACCUCAAUGUAGAAAUGAACGACAAUGAGGAGCAGAGAUACUAUUCAGACGAGGAGGAGGAGGAGGAGGAGGAGGAGGAUGAUGACUGUGAGCUUUCUGGGUACUUGAGACGUUAGUGGAUGUGUAGCUUUCCCCGGAUGUAGCUUGCACCAUCUGUUCCUUUUCAUUCUCAGUUCGCAAUCCUGGGAGCUUUGCAGGUUUUUAUUUUUAUUUUUUUUAUGAUUUUAUGGAAUUCAUUUUUUUUCUAACUGGAAUAACAAGCGAAUUUUGCAACAAAAAAACUGUUGUACAUGCUGUACUGUAUGGGGCCCUGGCAUUAGCAAACUGAAUUAUUUGAUAAGUACAUGCUUAGUGUUUCUCAGCUGGUAAAGGGAGUUGAAAUAAUGUUAUAGAUGUAAAGAGCAGCGGUCAGCACAUUAUUAUUAUUAUUAUUAUUAUUAUUAUUAUUUAUUUCUUAACAGACGCCCUUAUCUAGGGCGACUUACAGUUGUUACAAGAUAUCACAUUAUUUUUACAUACAAUUACCCAUUUAUACAGUUGGGUUUUUACUGGAGCAAUCAAGGUAAAAUACCUUGUUCAAGGGUACAGCAGCAGUGUCCUCCACAAGGGAUUGAAACCACGACCCUCCGGACAGAAGGUCAGAGCCCUAACCACUACUCCACACUGCUGCCCUUUGGAAUACUAAGAUAGUAGUCCAAAGCCUGUUUUCAAAGCAUGUAUCUUGAUGGGAUUUGAGAUUAACUGCACUUUUUUUUCAGCAUAUGUAUUUAUUAAAAGGGAUAUAUAGUUUGUGGCGGAGCUACAGAAAAAAAACAAAAAAAACACUGGAAUAAACAUUUUUUUACCUCAUUAAAUACCUCCACUAAA